AUGCAGAUCUUCGUCAAGACCCUGACGGGCAAGACUAUCACCCUUGAGGUGGAGUCGUCCGACACCAUCGACAAUGUCAAGUCCAAGAUCCAGGAUAAGGAGGGCAUCCCCCCCGACCAGCAGCGCCUGAUCUUCGCUGGAAAGCAGCUCGAGGACGGCCGCACCCUCUCAGACUACAACAUCCAGAAGGAGUCCACCCUCCACCUGGUCCUGCGCCUGCGUGGUGGUAUGGCCAAGAAGCGCAAGAAGAAGGUCUACACCACCCCCAAGAAGAUCAAGCACAAGCGCAAGAAGACCAAGUUGGCCGUCCUCAAGUACUACAAGGUCGACUCUGACGGCAAGAUCGAGCGCCUUCGCCGCGAGUGCCCCUCCGACACCUGCGGUGCCGGUGUUUUCAUGGCCGCCAUGAACGACCGCCAGUACUGCGGCCGCUGCCACCUCACCUACGUCUUCGACAAGAAGGAGUAA